AUGGAGCCUCUGUUUAUCUUGCGUGAGUCCUACAGCCAUAUUUGGAAAGGGGUCACGUUUCCGCCUAAGCAUCUAAUGCAAAUUGACAAUAAAAUUUCUAAGAAGUUACUCUACAAGAUAUUAAUCAAGAACGACCUUGAAAACUUGCGCCGGGUACGCGCUGUGGGCCAAGGAACCAGCGGUGUAGUCCAUCUUAUUGAAUAUAAAAAUGAACACGUCGUCCUCAAAACAUUUAAAAACGAUAAACCAAAGACGUUCCGCCGAGAAGCCAACAAACAUUUUAUCCUCGACGGUGCUGGAGGAGCACCCGUCAUAUACUGUAUAUGCUCCACCCCCCCGGCUCUCGUCAUGUCUUACACUGGCAUAGCUUUUGAGAAGCUGUACUUCACAUGGUCUGAGAAGCAGCUUGUAUGUUACCUUAUCAAGCUCGCAGAAGCAUUGGAAGAGAUCCAUGCAAAAGGCGUCAUCCAUAACGACCUUAAAGUCAAUAAUAUCACAGUGCUGGACGAGGAAGUCCACGUUAUAGACUUUGGUCUUAGCACAAUGGCGGGGGAGGUGUUCCCGUUCAUCCCCGCAAAAAGGUGUAACUGGAUGGCACCGGAACUCUCCAAUGGUCAACCAACCUCUCCUGCCAGUGAUGUAUUUUCUUUCAGUACAAUAAUUGGUACAGUUGUAUAG